AAAACUUGCUCGCAAAAUUCACAUGAAAGAGAAAAUGUUAUUUGAUCUGCAUUUCGGUCGAUCCAAAUGGCGUUGAAAUUGCAUUGAAAUGGAUCUCUUCUGUUAAUUCGGGUUUCUAUCAGUUAGAUGCCAAUGCAGAUUCAAUGGGAUUUUCUCGAGCUUGAGAAUUGGUAAGCGGGAUUUUUUUUUCCCGGGCGGUGCAGCUCUGAGCGUCUUAGCGACCAAAUCCAAACACGGAACAGCUUUUAAUUCCCAGCUUAGUGGGGCCACUCCUUCGGCUCCAACCCACGUUGAUCUCUGAUCCGCCCAUCCUCUUCUCUGCCGAUCUAGCUAGGGCUAACAGAGCAAGGCCCGAAAAAUUCAAAGAGAAGGUUGAGGCCGGUACUGCCGUAGUGGCGCCGGUGGCGGAGAGAAGCUGGAGCCGGAGAUCUAAUAACUUUGCCGAGCGUUCUCUGCCUCCGUAGUUUUUCUAUUAUUGUUUUGCUUCUUCGCCUUUCUGGUUAUCUUCAGUGAUACACCGUGAGUUUGUGGAAAAGUAUCUAGGGGACAGUGAGAAGGGUAAGGGGAGAUAAUGAUGAGGGAGGUGGUACUGCACGUGUACGACGUGACGAACAGCGGAUCAGAGAAGACGAACAAUACGAUCCUGCAGAUCAACAGGAUCUUCAAAGAUCGCAUCGGCCUCGGCGGCAUCUUCCACAGCGCCAUUCAGGUUUAUGGAGAUGAAGAAUGGUCGUUUGGCUUCUGUGAAAAUGGUCCUGGAGUUUUUAAUUGCCCUUCUGGUAAAAACCCAAUGUAUACCUAUCGCGAGAGGAUUGUCCUUGGAGAGACUAAUUGUUCAUUGUUAAAAGUAAAACAAAUAUUGAGGGAACUUAGUCGAGAAUGGCCCGGUGACUCUUAUGAUCUUCUAUCAAGAAAUUGCAACCAUUUUUGUGAUGUAUUCUGUGAAAGACUUGAUGUGCCAAAAUUGCCAGCAUGGGUCAAUCGAUUUGCAAAUGCUGGUGAUACUGCCAUGAUUGUAGCCGGAAAUACUGCAUUUCAGCUAAGGAAAGCAAAAGAAGAGAUUGUCACAGCAAGCAAAGUGGCGUAUAGAUUCCUUGCAAGCAAAGCAUCAAUAUCUCAAGCAUCUCCUGAUCCUCCAAGCGACUCAAACAGAGAAGGAACUAAUCCUAAACUCCAGGGAUCAUGGCUCAAGAAUCUUGCAAUCUUCGGUGCUAAGCCAUCAGGUAGCUCAUCAGAUGUUUCUGAAACUAGCGAUGAGACGCAUCCAUUUGAAAGUCGUUUGUCUUCAGAAAGAUUUCAACAUUAAGUGUAAAAAUUGUUCAACAUUAGACGCUGCAUUUCAUCAUUUACUUGCAAGUUAUGUUCUUUGCAAUUCUUCACAAUCUCCCCCACUGGGUUGUGAACGAUUGUCUGUGUGCUUUUAGAUUGAAUGGUGUAUUUAUUCUCAUUUAACAAGUAGGUAUCUGUGUGUGCUAAUUAUGUACAUCGUCAGAGUGAAUUUCAUUAGAAUUGCUGUAAUCGUACAGUUCUCCAAUUGCAUCUGUCCAAUUCACUUCGGAGGACGGGAUUGAUUUAUACUAA